AUGUAUGAUUUCACCACCAAUAAGGGUACUUUUGCCAACUUUCAUAUUGGGACACCAAAUACAUGUACCACACUUGUGGUUCCCUGUGGGGCCCGAUCUUGUGAGCCAGUCGAUAGUUUUAGGGUUAGAACAGAAGUUACUACUGAAUUCCACAAACUCCCUGAAGCUCGCCGCGGUGCCAUCACAAGCGAUGAACAUGUCAUCGACGAAUCUGAGAUAGCACUGGACAAACUUCAGGAAGGGAUUGGCCGUGUGGGUGAAAAUACUUGGUCUCUACAAGUCUCAAAAGAUGUUACAGGCGAGAUAGGUAAAGCGGUCUCUUUGCCUUGUUUGUUCAGUCACCCUCACAAGAGCCAUGACAGUGGGCUGACAGUCAUAUGGAGAAUCAAACAUCCUUACAAUGGCACAGUGGUUUUCAAGUGUGUCAGUGAAAGCAGCAGCGACCCUUGUAAAACUACCAUCAACUACAUGAGCAAGUUCCACCUAAUCGGGAACCUUCGUAACAACAACAUUUCCAUCAGCAUCGAGAACCUAACAUGGGAGGAUAGUAAUAGAUAUUACUGCAGGGUGGAGCUAUCCAGAGAUAGACAUGACAAAUACGAAACAAAAUCUGGGACGUGGCUGCAUUUGUCCGCCCCUCCAAGGAUUGUUAAUCUCUCAGUUGCAUUUGACAACGCUCGGGGAUACCACGCGUUUUGCACAGCUGAAGGAGAGCCAGUACCGUCACUGAUCUGGACCGACCCUCUGAACAAUCAUGAGUAUCCAAUUCUUCCCAGUCCAAUCCUGAAGCAUCAGCGGACCUCAGAACUACACCACCUGAGAUAUGAUGGGAAGUACACGUGUGUCGCCACAAACAGUCAUGGAAAAGUGGAAGGAGCGGUGUAUUUCUUUAAAUUUACAGCAGGGGGCAGCAGCAAAAUGGGAUACAUUAUACUAUGUGCUGCACUGGGAGCUAAAAUUCUACUUCUGUUCCUGAUGUUUGCAGUGGUCACCUAUUACAGCAGAGCCGAUAACACAAAGUCUUUUACGGACCUUUCUCGGAAUACACAGGAAUCCACAUACGAAAAUUAUAACCAGGGAUCUGGGUGACGUCUAUCAAUCAAGAGUACUAGGAGUAAGAACUCCGACUGCCCGGGUCUGGACACAGAUUACAGUAUUUUAUAUAAAGUCGACAACUUUCCCUCAAUCCAAUUUUUUUUCCUAACACUUCCAAUUUAAUGUUAUUUUCCU